UGUCCUGGAUAUCUCUGAGAUUGGAGGGAGGUGGUAGCAGCACUGCAGGGUUGGGACAGGACAUUUCCAUUUUGAGGAGGAGAUUAAGCUGCUCAUUUCCUGUGAAUUUGAUUGAGGCCCUGUCCCGAGCCAAAGCGGCAUCGAGGCCGGCUUCCAGCAGCAGCAGCAGCAGCUAGGGCGUCCACAGCAGGACAGGGGACCGGGCUGACUGGCGGGUGGUCCAGGAUGCCAAGGCUGAGUCACAGUGAGUACGUUCUCCAGCAGCUGAACAACCAGAGGGAGUGGGGAUUCCUGUGUGACUGCUGCAUCAUCAUUAAUGACAUCUACUUCCGAGCUCACCGCGCCGUGCUGACCGCCUGCAGCUCCUACUUCCGAAUGAUGUUCAUCAGCCAGCAGCUGACGGGGAACCUGAGCCUCAGCAACGUCAACAUCAGCGCCGAGUGCUUCGACCUCAUCCUGCAGAUCAUGUACCUGGGGAGGCUGGUCGGGGUCCCCUCGGACUUUGAGGAGCUGCGAUCCGCCAUGACCUUCCUGCAGCUCUACUACGUGCCCAAGAGUCUGGACGAACUGCAGCAGAGCGACGGCAAGGCCGCCCCGUCCCCCCCAGCGGCUGUGGCCCAGCCGAAAGGCGCCAUGAUGUUCGGGGUACGGAUGUACGAGGAGCGGCCGGGGGAGCUGGUCAAGAGGAGGCGGCGGGAACCGAGCCCCGAGGUUAACGGCCUCAGCGCUGCCCCCGCAGUUGCGCCACCGCCGCCUUCCCCCGCCGCCACCGCCACCGCCACCGCCGCCACCGCCGCCGCCACCACCACCAUGGAGGCCCCGGCACGGAAGCAGGGUCGCCCGGGCCUAAAGGGCAGGCUUCACCCCCGCUUCGGCAAGUGCUACACGUGCGACUGCUGCGGCUUCGUCUUCAGCUGCGAGAAGCUGCUCAAUGAGCAUGCGCUGACCUGCAACAGCCGGCGCGCGCCUGCGCCCCCUGAGGGGCCGGAGCGCGAGGGCGAACCCGUUAAGGCGGGACCCAGCGGGCGGCCCGGCUCCGCGGAGCCGCCAUUGGCGCCGCCUGAGGAGAACGGCACGGGGGGCGGCCGCCCGGCGGUGAAGACGGAGCCCGACGACACGGCGGCCGUGGAUCUGCACGACAUCACCGUGGUGCAGGUGGCGGACGACGGCGAGCUCGCCUCGGACGACGACGUCGAGGAGAAGGCGCUGGCCUUCGAGGGGGCCGGCGGACUCCGCGGCGGCGGCGGGGGGCACCGGCCGUCGGAGGGUCACCCCAACUGGGCCGCGGAAGAGGACGAGGAGGAGGAGGACGAUGAUGAGGAGGAAGAGGAGGAGGAAGGGCGCACCUUGAAGCUGGAGCCGCAAGAGGGACGAGGCAGCCCGCUGGGGCCGGCCUGUGAGCUCUGCGGCGUGGCACUGCCGGAGAGUGAGCGCGCCGGCCAUUAUGUGGCCCACCACGUGGACAGCGUGUGCGCAUGCGGCAAGUGUGGCCGCCUCCUGGUGAAGGGUGGCCGCUUGCAGGAGCACGCUGAGCGCUGCCUGGGCGGCCACGACGCCCUGUACCCCUGGCAGGCCAGCAGCGGGCAGCCCGUACCCCCAUCAACCCCGGCACCCCCGGGCGACUCGCCGCCAGGCCCUCAGCUGGCCAGGUUCACCUGCCAGGUGUGCGGGGGCAGCUUCAAACAGCGAUACCAGCUACAGGAGCACAUGUACCGGCACGUCGGCCGCCACUUCCAGUGCUCGCAGUGCGCCCGGGCCUUCGACCAGGAGAAGCUGUGGGUGGAGCACAUUUCCCGCUGCAUGUUUGGCCAGGCGCCCCGCGAAACCCCGUCCGAGAGGGUGGACCGGCGGAAGCACGUGUGUAACCUCUGCGGCAAGGCCUUUUACCAGCGGUGCCACCUGCGAGAGCACUUCACCACCCACACCAAGGAGAAGGAGUUUGCCUGCCAGAUCUGCGGCAAGGAGUUCCUGCGGGAACGCCUGCUCCGACUGCAUUUGGACAUGCACCGGGGAGAUGCCCGUUAUGUCUGCCCCAGGUGUGGCCAGGGCAGCUACCGCAAGCAUGACCACCUGCGCCACAUGGUGUCUCAUCUGGUGGGCCGAGAGGUCAUCUGUGAGGUCUGCUUCCAGGUGUUUGAGGAUGGGGAGCUGCUGGAACGUCACACUGACGUCCACCUUCACACCUGCACCUUGUGUGGGGACAAGUUCAAACUGAAGAAGGAGCUCACUAUGCACCAUCUAACCAGCCACACCAAGAAGCUGUGAGUGACUACCCCUACCCUCCUAAAGUAUUCCACUGGACCUGCCGUAAACCUGCCUGGAGUUUGCUUUCAGUGGGAUGAUCCAUCCCACCUCCUCACCUUUUUGGCUUCUCUGGUGUUGUCCUCCCUGGCAUUAUUCACCAGAGAACUGAUCCCAGCAAGGCCCAACGUUCAUCGCACCCCUUGCCAGAAUGUCACGACUGGUAAUAGUAAUCCCAAAUCACGUCCCUACAAGAAACCAUCACGCAGAGGAUGUUGGAGAAACUCAGCAGGUCUGGCAGCAAAGAGAGAAACAAAGUUAAUGUUUCAAAGUCUGGUAUCAUACUUCAGAAAUGUCCUUUGCUCCGACUGUCAGCAUUAUGAACUCAAAAUGAGAUCAUAUGUCUCAGGACUGGGAUCCCGUGGGAUGGUUGGACAUAGUAUCGCUGACACACAGAGGAGGAACUGACACUGUUGACUUUAAUUCCAUAAUAUAAAGCUCAGAUUUAUCAAGUAUAUCUCAUUGAUUAUUAUGUGAUAUUUGGGAACCAAGACCUGGAUGGUGCUUUCUCCAUUGUAAUGGCAAUUGACAAUUUGCACAUGGCUGUAGGAAUGCAAUGUAUUUUUAAAAUGUCCGCUUUUCCCAUCUCAGAAUGAUGGUCUAAUUUCAUUACUCUGUUUAAGAACACUUGUUCACAAUCAGGAAUAGGUUUUUGUUGUGCAAAAGCACUGGGACUAACAACUGACCGAGGCACACCUUUACCUAAUAUUAAAAUAGAAUGCUGGAGGAAUUCAGCAGGUCUGGCAGCAUCUGUGAAGAGAGAAACAGUAAACAUUUUGAGUCAGGUAUGACUCCUUUAAGGUCCUUUUAAGGAAAAAUCAUACUUGACUCAACAUUAGCUCCACAUUGUUCUCUCCGCAGAUGCUGCUGAUCUGCUGAGUUUCUCCAGCACUCCCUGUGGUUGUUUCAGAUCUCUAGCAUCCACAGCACUUUGCUUUUACAUCUGGACCUGUAUCUAAACAUCAACUGGAGAAGGCAGAAUUGUUCUCUUUUGAAGUAGAGAUGGUUAAGGCAAGAUUUGAAUUCUGUGUUCCAAAUUGCCCCUUACGUUUCUGACAGGUUAACUAAGAACUACUUCCAGAAGCAUACACAGAUUGACUGUAAUUAAAGAAAAAAGCAGACAGGGAACUAGAUCUCUAAAACAUGGAAAACAGUCCUUCGGCCCAUUGAGUAUGCUCAUGUCAAAAUGGUUAACUGUCUAAUCCUGUUUUCCAGCACGUGGCCCAUUGCGUUGUAUACCUUGACAUCACGAGUGCACAUUUAAAUACUAUGUCAAAGUUAUGAGAGUUUUUCCAUCUACCAGCCUUACUGGCAGUGAAUUCCAGAUUCCCAUCACCCUCUGGGUGAAAAAGCAUUGCCUCUCUUUCCCUCUAAAUCUUCUAUUCCUUACCUUAAAUGUCUGUAUCCACUUGUUAAUCUUCCCAUCAAAGGGAAACAUCUCAACCAUGUGCCCCUCAGUCUCCUCUGCUCCCAAUCUGUCUUUCAUAAGUGAAACUUUCCAGCCGAGGCAAUAUCCUGGUAAAUAUCCUCUGUCCCCUCUCCGGUGCUGACGUAUCCCUCCUUUAAGGUAGACUCCAGAACUGCACACAAUACUCUAGCUGUGGCCUAACCAAAGUUUUAUGCAGUUCCGGCGUAACUUUCCUGCUGUUCAACUCUAUGCCUUGACUAAAAAAGGCAAAGAAUCCCCAUAUGCCAUCUUAACCACUUUAUCGACCUGUCCUUCCACCAUAAGGGGCAGGUGUUCAUGUAAACCAAGGUCCCUCUGAUCCUCGGUGCUACACGGGGUUAUACUUUUCAUUAUGUAUUCUCUUGCCUUAUUUAUCCUGCAGGAUUGAGCAGUGGCUGGUGCUGAGGAGUAAUCUGACUCUAAUGUCUGCUGUCCUGGAGAUUCUCGUCUGCAGAAUCUCCCCUGCCCCUAAUCCUCACAGUGGGUCAGACCUGUCCUUUGAUAAUGAGAGGGGCCAUGGGAUCAAAGCACUCGAUCCAUGAGUACAGCAGCAGCUGCUUCCCAGGCAGUACUUUAACCAGUUCUCUGUGCCCCCCCUCCCUCUUCAUAAGCCAUCUCUGCCUCUCUCUUGAUCUCUUGGAUGCUGUGUGCUGCCCCCUUCAUUGCUAAUUUUGGACAAUCAAACAGCAAUAUUGCUAAUUUAAGGAGUCAGAAUGUUUGCAGAUUGUAACCAGCUGAUUUCACUGGGUCUUGCCUUACAAUAGUAGUACACAAAGUCACCUGUGAAUUGAUGUUCUGUUUAGAGACUGGUGGAGUUUUUUAAAUUCCAUUUUUAAUAAAAUGUUCAGUAUGUAUGCAGCAACACUAA